AUGAUUCAAUAUUUUGCUGAAAAGAAAAAUGUUCGAAUUGAAGGAAACAUGCCUGCCGUGCGUCAACAUGUCGAUCGUGAUGCUAUUUAUCCGCUUCAAUGCCUCGAAAUCUUGCCUUUCCAGCGUGUAUCCUUGGAUAAGAUGCAGUUGACCGAUGAAAUGGCUCAAAUUUCGAGUGAUCUUCUUAAGGCUAAUGCUGUUGGACCUGAAGUUCGUAGUGAAAUGAUUAAGGAGCAAAUGAGACAAAUUGGAAGAGAUGGUGAUUGUGCCAAAUUUAUGUAUCGUUUUGGUGUCAAACUUCGUGGAGAUCAAAACAACGUUCAAAUUGGUCUGCGUAAACUGCCGAUUAUUCAGUUUGGGAAUAAUCUUACAGCAAAUCCAAAUGAUAACGAAAGGGUUUGA